UAUUUUUAUCAUGAGAAAGCUAAUUGAGAUCGCUAGCUAACUAAUGACCAUGUGGUACACGCAUGCUGACUAAUUAAGACCGACAGAAUCCAGCAACGUUCAGCGACCAUAAUCUGCAAUCAAAUCAACGCUAUAUAUGCACCGAGACACAUAUGAAUCAUCACACGUCUUAACAAUUCCCAUCAGCUCUCGAUUAGAUUGAUCAUUGAUCGAUCAGUGCCAUUAAUUGAGUAGUUCGAAUAUAUUCGACAUCCAUUUAAUUAGCUGCAAAUAGUGAGCUUGGAAAGAAUGGCAUUGCUCGCCGUCGUUGUGGUGGCGGCGGCGGCGUUCUCGACGGCGUCCGGCGCCAGCUACGGCGUCGGCAAGCCCAACGGCGGGUGGGAUCUUCAGACCAACUACACCUCUUGGGCUUCCUCCAUCACCUUCCGCCUCGACGACAAGCUUGUGUUCAAGUACUCAGCGGCGGCGCACGACGUGGUGGAGGUGACCAAGGACGGCUACCUCUCAUGCUCGGCGUCGAGCCCCAUCGCCGUCCACCGCACCGGCGAGGACGCCGUCGAGCUCGGCCGCCUCGGGAGGCGCUACUUCAUCUGCGGCGUGCCGGGGCACUGCGACGCCGGCAUGAAGCUGGAGGUCAGGACACUCUGCUCAAUCCCGUCGCCGCCGCCGCCGGGCAGCGACGGCGACGGCAACGGCACGCCGGGCGGCAUCUGCAUCGACGGCUCGUCGCCGCCGACGAUCAUCUCCACCCCCGGCGUCGUCUCCUACGGUUCAGCUCCGGGAUCUUCAGGCAGUGCCACCACUGCACUUGCCAUCAUGGCAGCUGCUACAGUGAUGCUGCUAUCUCUCAUCAUAGUUUAAUUGAUAAAAUAAAUCAUGGUUUCUUUAGCACAAAGUGUUGUACAUGUCCUCAUUUCUUUUAACAAGAUUUGUAUCGAUUGGUUAAAUUACAUAAAACAGCAUACAAGACAAACAGAAUUUGGGUGAUAAGAAAUGGUGUA